AGCAGCGCUCCUCGGCACUCCCCUCUGACGAAGACUUGACGUCAUCAGCGUUGGCGGUAUUUUGAAAAAAGGAGCUUGUGUUGUUUUUGUCCGUAUCUUGGAGAUACAACUGAGAAAUUUACACGUUAUGGCCGAGGUGGAGUCAGGUGGGGCGGCGGCAGAAGCCCGGUCAGAGGCCGCUCUCAAUGAGCUCAUAGACCUGUGUGAGGACCAGUUCACCAAGCUGGCGAAGCUUCAGAAUGACAUCGUACUGUCUGAACAAGACUCAUGUGGGAAUCCUCCAGACCACGCAGUUAAUCGACUGAUGGCAACGGAAGCAGAACUAAAGCAGUGGCUGACAGUAGAGCCUAAAUUGUUGGCAUCAAACUCAGAAGUUUUACUCAAAGCUGGAAAGGAGGAGAUGCUCAAACUGUGCUCUGAACUUGAGAUGGUUGUUUGUUGCCAGGAAGCAAAGAGAGACAAGCUGAGAGAAACAAAGGAACUUGAACAGAAGUGGUUGGAGGAGAAGCAACAGGCGCUGAUAGCUUCCAAAAACCAUUUGGAGCGGAUGAAAACGGAAAAGGGAGAGGCAUCAAAGUUCAAUGUAUUGCUGGACACCAAAGCUAAAAUCCAGAAAAUGAAAACCUACCAGGAAAGCUUGAUGGAGUGUCUGGGGGAUGUUCUGGAGAAGCACUUCCCUCUCCCUCAGAAUGCGUCCAGCACUAACAAGAAGACGAAGAGCAAUGCCCAGGAGUUUGAUGAAGACAUGAUUUCAUUCAAUGAAAUUCUCGAGCUGCUCAUGAACAAGGCCCUGUCCACACCACACGAUCCCUAUAUAACCAUAGAAAACACAUUCUGGCCCCCGUACAUAGAGUUGAUGCUGCGUUAUGGCAUUGCGGUGCGGCACCAAGAGAAUAACUUCAAGAUCCGCCUGGAAACAUUUUUUUAAGGCAGUGGUGCAUUCUUAAGCACCACUUAUCUACUAGUGUUCGACAGGAAGGCUUUACCUCAGUAUUUUUCAAAGAACCUUUUUACUUUGUACAGACCAACCAUGGGUUUCUAUAAAAUAUCACACCGAAUAUGUUUAAACUAUUUAAAUGUAUUAGAAAAAACACUCAAUUUCAAGUAAAGUUACUUCCUGAGCUUAUAUUGAUUAUUAAACCUUGCCAUUGCUAAGUAAUGUAUGUUUGUAGUCAUGUCUUGAAAUUCAGUUUCAUUUAGAUUUCUUGGUGACCAACUGAAGCUUCCAAAUGCCUUAAUAGUGUAUUGAAUGUGUAUUUUGAUAUGUAUAUAUGUUAUUGUACAAUAAAAUUGGUAACUGCA